CUUCAUCUACGGAGUACAUUAUCUAGUUACCGCCACCACUGUUCAUUUCAAUCAGAACUUCGGACUAGUCUCACACCACUCGCAGACAUCGUCGAUUUAUCAUGGACGUGGCUUCGCGGCAGUCAUUGAGGCUGCUCCAGUCCUCCCACAGCCGACUCCUCAAUUCAAGCUCCCUCCGCGGGUCAUCCACAGUCACAGCGAACACCUUGAAUCGGAUUCGACAGAGAAAUGUCUCCAAUUCAGCUCGCAGAUUGGCUCCAGAAUCCUCUUUCUUAAAUAUGGGCCCGGCGUCCCUGCAGUCAGGGGGCCCGCAUACAUACUUCUCCAAUCGCCAGACGCUGCCUCUCAACACCGUGGUUCGAUUCGUACCUCAACAGACGGCAUGGAUUGUUGAGCGCAUGGGCAAGUUCCACCGGAUUCUGGAACCUGGUCUUGCGUUCAUGAUACCCUUCAUCGACCGAAUUGCCUACGUCAAGAGCUUAAAGGAAUCUGCUAUUGAGAUACCUAGUCAGAACGCCAUUACCGCCGACAAUGUGACGUUGGAAUUGGAUGGUGUAUUGUACACACGGGUGGUGGAUGCAUAUAAGGCCAGCUACGGGGUUGAGGACGCCGAGUACGCCAUCUCCCAGCUUGCGCAGACGACCAUGCGCUCGGAAAUCGGUCAGCUUACCCUGGAUCACGUCCUAAAAGAACGCGCGACACUCAACACCAACAUCACCCAAGCUAUCAACGAGGCCGCUCAAAGCUGGGGAGUCGUUUGUCUACGUUAUGAGAUCCGGGAUAUCCACGCCCCAGAAGGGGUGGUCGCAGCGAUGCACCGCCAGGUCACGGCGGAACGCUCGAAGCGAGCGGAAAUCCUUGACUCUGAGGGUCAGCGCCAAAGUGCCAUCAACAUUGCCGAGGGUCGCAAACAGUCGGUCAUCCUGGCCUCCGAAGCUAUGCGGGCCGAACGCAUUAACCAGGCGGCUGGUGAGGCCGAGGCUAUUUUGCUCAAGGCGCAGGCUACCGCGAAGGGCAUCGACCUCGUUGCCAAGGCUAUUGAGGCCGGUCAAGAGAACGCCCACGGAGCUCUGAGCCUCAGUGUUGCCGAGAAGUACGUUGAUGCAUUCUCCAAGUUGGCCAAGGAAGGUACCGCUGUUGUUGUCCCUGGCAAUGUUGGAGACAUGGGUAAUAUGAUUGCCCAAGCCAUGGCCGUUUACGGCAAGGUCAGUCAAAGCCAGGCGCGCGCUCUCGCAUCGAAGGCUCUAGAUGUGCAGGGUCCCGCUCAGACCGAACCGUCCAGCAGUUCCAAGGCCGCUGAGCAAACGGCAGAGCGCCACCCCAGCGACGAUGUCUCCGAGCCCGUUCUAGAUGAAUUCGAUCAGACAAUCCAGUCGAAGAAUUGACGUGAAGCGACUCCAAUCCGGUGCUUCACCCAACUUCGUUGCCAACUUUAGCAUCCUUGUAUACUCACCGCUGGGUUCUAAUUUCUCCUCGGCUGCCCUCCAUUAUAUCAUCAGCUUACGAUCUCUCUCACAUGACAACGAUACUCUUAUAACCUCAUCUGUAACUUUAGUCUUGUCCUUAGCCACCUGCUAUGGUCGUUCCAUUGGAUCCUUUGUCCGCCAUUUUCUUUCGCAUGAGCGACGUUGUACGAGCUGCAGUUUACCUGUUUAGUCAGAGAGAGGGCUCUCUUCUCUAGGCUUUAUGUACAGUAGAUAAAAAGCAAAAUCAAUAGCUUGGAAUC